AGAAUUUCGAAUCCUGAUAAGAUAAUGUAAGCUUAGGUUUCUCAAGUACUUUAAUAUUUUUCCCUAUCAGUUUUUUUAAAGAUUUUCUUAAGCGCUUCUCCGCAAUUUUAUUAAAGGUUUAUUUCGUAAGAAAUGUUUUUUGUUUCAAUAUAAUGACUAAAAUAUUAACAUAUUUACUGUUCUCUACUUGCUUCAUUUAUGGUGUUUAUUCCUUUAGCGUAGAAUUUAGCAACGAAAAAGGAUGCCAGUGCAAGAAUGGUGACUGCGUUGAAGGAAAAGGAUGCGUAUGUUGGCCAGAGCACGGAAAAUAUUCAGACAAGGAAUGCAAAAAAUGCAAUUGUGGUAAAAACUUUGAAUGCAGUGUUAAGAAAAGCCAAUUUUCUAACAUAGUGACAUGUGAUUGUAAAGAAGGAUAUGAAAAAAUUGGGUCUAAAUGUGUUGAUAUAUGUACUCAAAACCCUACAAUCUGUAGAAAUGGUGGAACUUGUAAAACAACACCGUCUGGAGGAUAUAAAUGCAAUUGUCCGCCAAAUAUCUCAGAUCUGAAAUGCCAAAAAGGAUGUGAAGACUUAAAAGGAAAUGAAGAAUGCCAAAAAAGAGGAGAGCAUUGGACUUGUUAUAACAAUAAACAAGACGAAUCUAAAUACACGUGCAACUGUCAGACUGGAUAUAAAAUAAAGGACACCAAAUGCAUCGCUAUAACUGGUUGUGAGGACAAAAGAGGGAACAAAAUAUGUCAAGAAAAAGGAGAAUUCUUUACUUGCAUUAAUGACGAAAAAGAUGCUACUCAAUUCAGAUGCGAAUGCCAACCUGGAUACAAAAUUGAGAACAGGAAAUGCGUCGGUGUAUGUGCCAAAAUAUGCCAAAAUGGUGCAAAAUGUACUAAAAUGGGAAAAUAUGAAUUCUGUAAAUGCUUACCUGGAACUUUUAGUGAUGAUUGUGGAAUAAUACCCGAUUGUAUUGAUGAAGUUGUAAAAUGUAAUGAAAAAUCUGAUUCAGUUUGUGGUUAUAACGUACGAUUAGAAGAAGCUGAAUGUAUCUGUAAUAAUUCUAGUUUAGCAUACGACGGGAAUACAGAAAUUUGUAGGGUUACAUGUAAUGAAACAGAACCAUGCAAAAAUGGAGGUACUUGCAAAACUGUGGGAAACUAUCACUUUUGUGACUGUAUAGAAGGUACUUUAGGAGACAAAUGCGAAAGUGUGAAUUCUUGUGUUGAAGAAACAUUAAUAUGCAAUACAGAAAGCGGUGCUGUCUGUGGAUUUAACGUAUUAGAUAAAAGACCAGAGUGUUUGUGUAGCAAUGGAUUAAAAUAUGAUUCCAAUAUCAAUUCAUGCAGAGAAACGUGCAAAACAGAUGACGAUUGCGAAAAUGGAGCUGUUUGCAAACACAUUGGUAAUUACCACUUCUGCGAAUGCCGUAUUGGAACAUAUGGGCAUCGAUGUGAGAAUGUAAUUGACUGUGACAAUAAAAACUUGAUUUGCAAAGAAGGUAGUGGAGCUAUAUGCGACUACAACUUGAAUCUGAAUACCACUGAAUGCAUUUGUGGCAAUGACUUGAAAUACGAUUCUGAAACAGAAGAGUGCAGAGAAACAUGUAGUACUAAAUCUGAUUGUAAAAAUGGUGCUGUUUGCAAAUCCAUUGGUAAUUACAACUUCUGUGAAUGCCUUGAGGGGACAUAUGGGGACAAAUGUGAAAAAGUGAAUGAUUGUGAAAAUUACAAAGUGAAGUGCAAACUCGAUGGUCUUGCAUCAUGCGGCUACAAUCCUGAACUGAAAAUUGCUGAAUGUAUAUGCGAUAAUGACCUGAAAUACGACACUGAAAAUGAUGUAUGCAGAGGCACAUGUAGUACGGAAACUGAUUGUCAAAAUGCAGCUAUUUGCAAAUUGAUUGGUAGUUACAACUUCUGCAAUUGCCUUGAUGGAACAUAUGGGCACCAAUGUGAAAAUGUGACUGAUUGUGAUGAUAAAAAAGUGACGUGCAGACCCAGAAGCGGAGCAAUGUGUGGGUACAAUGCAGCACUUAAAGUCGCUGAAUGUAUCUGCGAUGACGACAUGAAAUACGACUUUGAAACUGAAUCGUGCAGAGAAACGUGCAAUACAGGAGAUUAUUGUAAGAAUGGAGCUCUCUGCAGGAGCAUCGGUAAUUACUACUUCUGCCAGUGCCGUAACGGAACAUAUGGGAACAACUGUGAACUUGUGACUGAUUGUGAUAAUAACUAUGUGACGUGUAAAGAUGGAAGUAGAGCAACAUGCGGCUACAACUUAAAUCUGAAUGUUACUGAAUGUAUAUGUGAUAAUGACCUGAAAUACGACUCUGAAACAGAAACAUGCAAAGAUGCAUGCAAUGAAACUGAACCAUGCAAAAACGGAGGUACUUGCAAAACUGUUGGAAACUAUGGUUUUUGUGAUUGCUUAAGCGGAACUUUUGGAGACAAAUGUGAACAUGUGACUUCCUGUGUUGACGAAACAUUAGUAUGCAAUAAUGAAAGCGGUGCUUUUUGUGGAUUUAACGUAAUAAAUAAGCAAACAGAAUGCCAGUGUAGUAAUGGAUUAAAAUAUGAUUCAAGUGUACAGCAAUGCAGAGAAACGUGCAAGACAGGAUAUGAUUGUGAAAAUGGAGCAGGCUGCAUAAAAAUUGGUAAUUACCAAUUUUGCGAGUGUCUCCCUGGAACAUAUGGAAACAAAUGUGAAAUAGUAAUUGAUUGUGAAAAUAAAAAUUUGACGUGCAGAGAAGGAAGUGGUGCAAUAUGCGGGUACAACUUUCAUCUGGAUACAGCUGAAUGUAUAUGCGAUAAUGACCUGAAAUACGACUCUUCUACUGGAGAAUGUAGAGAAUGGUGUCAUUCAAGAGACGAAUGUCAAAAAGGAUCUCGUUGUACGCGUAUCGGUAAUUACCAGUUCUGUGAAUGUCGUCCUGGAACAUAUGGGCACAAAUGCGAAAACGUGACUGAUUGUGAUAAUAACAUACUGACAUGCCGCAAUGGUAGUGGAGCAACAUGCGGGUACAACCGAAAUCUGAAUGUCGCUGAAUGUAUGUGUAGGGAUGACCUGAAAUACGACAUUGAAAGUGGAUUGUGUAGGGAAACAUGCAAUGGCAGAACUGAUUGUAGAAAUGGAGCUGAGUGCACAAAUAUCGGUAAUUACUAUUUUUGCGAGUGUCAUAAUGGAACAUAUGGACAUCAAUGUGAAAAAGUAACUGAGUGUGAAAACAGCGUGAUGUGCAGAGAAGGAAGUGGAGCAACAUGCGGUUAUAACUUAAAUCUGACUGUCACUGAAUGCAUAUGCGAUAAUGAUUUGAAAUACGACAUUGAAUCUGAAGCAUGCAAAG